AUGAAAGUCACACUGAACACGGUCACCCUCUUGGCAGCCCUGGCUGCCUUCGUAAGCUUCAGCUUCUUGGUAGCAGCCAUCAGCACCGACUUUUGGUACCUCAUUGACGCUUCCAAGCUGGAGAAGCUCAGCAACCGCACAGACAGCCUGAGCUCCCACUCAGGUCUCUGGAGGACGUGCCAAUUUAAGAAGACCUGUUUCCCUUUGGGAAACCCCUUUAAGCAUGAGAGAACAAACAUCACCUCAUUGCAUAAGCACCUCAUGAAGGGCUCUUCAAAAGUGAGCAAAGGCUUGUGUUUCCCUACAGAUAUGCGUGGGACAGUUGUGAUCCUGCUGCCUCUCAGCCUCAUCUUGAUGAUCUUUGGAGGAAUGACUGGCUUCAUCAGUAUCCUUGCACAGGCUUACUUUCUCCUGGUGUUCACCGGCCUGCUUUUUCUCUUUGGAGCUCUCAUCACACUAGCCGGGGUCAGCAUCUACAUCACUUGCUCUGCCGCAGGCUUCAGGGAGACCAUCUUUCUUCUGAGGAGCAAGAGGCUUCAGGAAAACGUCAGCAUCCAUUUUGGCUGGUCGCUGGCCUUCGCCUGGCUCUCUUUGGCUGCUGAGGUCCUCGCUGGGCUGGCGUUCCUCCUGAUGGCCAGGAUGAUAGGCUUGAAGCAAAGGCAGGACUCCACCAUAUGAGGGCCAUUGAAUGCCAGGGCUCACCUGGAUCAGCUCUGGUUUGGCACCACCAGGGCCACCUCUUCUUCCUCCCUUUUGUGUUGCGCUAGUGACAGACACUUGCAAGCGAAUGACUUUCAAGCCACAGAGCGCCAUGCCUUCAGUACAGUUGUGGCAAAUUCAGAAGUGCAGGAUCCCUUCAUAUUAGUUCACAGCCACACACACCCCUCCUAUUUUUGCUACUGGGUUGAGAAGGAGACCAUUGUUAG